AAGCGUUGUGUUUACUUGCGCAGCGCCCGAACCGAUCAGAUGAAAACCGAGUCCCGGGACGCUGCACGCUUCACUCUCGCGUUUGGACCGACGGCGCCGGGCGGAUCCGGAUCAGACGGACCUGGUUUCCGGACAGUCAGCGGGCGGCGCGGCACGCUGUGGGCGGGCUGAGGAGCGCCGUGAGCGGCUGCAGCGGCGGAAACGGACCGCAGAGGGAAAUGUACCCGGUGCAGGGGAAAAAGGAAAAGGUCGUUGCCAUGGUGAUGAAGGAGCUUCCUGGUAAGAAGGCAUCUUCAGAAGGAAACACCCUCUUCACCGUGACAACCAAGCUGGUGGGGGAGCAGCAGGAGAGUCGCCCCCUGCUGAGUCCCUCCAUCGAUGACUUUCAGUCUGAAGCCCGCAGCGACGCCUCCUCCAGUCGACCCCUGACCUCCAACACCGCAGUCCUCUCCACAGCUCUGGACCUGGUUGACCUGAGUGACCUGGGGCAGAGCGGUGGAGGCAGAAACAGGGAGUCCAGGAGGAGCCCGAAGAGGAGGAAGGGGAGCUGGAGGAGCCCACGGUGCCGUACACAGCAUGAUGAGACGGAACUCAUCCAGGUGGAGGUGGAACAGCUAUCUCCGCGGACCAGAACAACAGAGAGGGCUUCACUGGACUCAGUCAGCCUGUUGUCUCCUCUGGAGAAUUGGGAGGAGCUUAACCUGGAGGAGGACAGAGGACAGAGGAGGAGCUAUGAGAAGAAAUGCACCUCCCACCACUCCUCCAGCGAACUCCUGUGGUCUGCAGAGUUUAAAAUGGGGCCGCUGCUCAAGAACACUUUUGAGAUCCACAGCUUUGAUGAUCUUGACUUUAUUUCUUCAUCGCAGGACAGCAGUGUCUUGCGACACCGGAGACGAACUCGCUCCCUGUUAAUGAAGAAUGAGUCUCUGGAGGAUGAGUUUGUAAGGGCAAAAGCUGCUGUCGAGUCAGACACGGAGUUCUGGGAUAAGAUGCAGGCGGAGUGGGAGGAGCUUGCUCGCAGGAAUUGGUUGGAGGAGUCCGAGAGCCAGGAGCCGAACCCGCCCACAGUCUCAUCUCUGGAGAAGGAUUAUUACUUCAAUACCAACAACCCCUACAAGGACCGAGGCACCGCCUUCGCCGAGGGUCAGGACCGAGCCCGAGAGGGUGACUUGAGCGCUGCCGUGCUGCUGCUGGAGGCCGCCAUCUUACAGGACCCACAUGACUCUGAGGCGUGGCAAGUUCUCGGAAUGACGCAGGCUGAAAAUGAGAACGAACAGGCCGCCAUCGUGUGUCUGCAGCGAUGCUUGGAGCUCCAUCCCAACAACCUGACGGCCCUCAUGGCGCUCGCUGUCAGUUUGACAAACACAGGCAUGCAACAUGAGGCGUGUGUUGCCCUGCGCCGCUGGAUUGGGCAUCACCCGCGAUACAAACACCUGCUCCAGAACAGCAGGACACCAUCACACGGCUCCCCGGUCAUGCCACGCCGAGACGCCCACGCUUCUACUCUGCACAGCUCCAGCCUGCUGGAGGUUCUGGCUCUGUUCCAGGAUGCAGCACUUUUGAACCUGGACAGUGUGGAUCCGGAUCUCCAGACCGGUCUCGGUGUCCUCUACAACCUGAGCUCAGAUUUUAACAAAGCAGUGCAGGCUUUCACCACAGCGCUGUCCGUCAAACCGCAGGACUACCUGCUGUGGAACCGUCUUGGUGCCACGCUAGCUAAUGGUAACCGCAGCGAGGAGGCGGUGGAGGCGUACAACAGAGCCCUGGAGCUGCAGCCUGGAUUCAUCCGGUCCAGAUACAACCUGGGGAUCAGCUGCAUCAACCUCGGGGCUCUCAGGGAAGCAGCCAGUAACUUCCUGACUGCUCUGAACCAGCAGAGACAGAGUCAACGCCACAGCCACCAGCAGAUGUCCUCUAACAUCUGGACCGCCCUGCGUAUCGCCAUCUCCAUGAUGGACCGGCCGGAGCUGUUCCAGGCGGCCAGCGUGGAGGACCUGGACCUGCUGUUGAAGGCCUUCAACAUGGACAGCGUUUGAUGUUGAACCGUGUCCAGGUCGGUCGGGUUACCAGGGGCCUCAUGUACAAAGGCUGCAUACGCACAAAACUGUGGCGCACAUCC